CUCACAGAUUUCAUUCUGCUACAGCUGGUGGCUGAGCAUUUCUGCCUGGGAUGGCGGAGGACCAGGAGCUGACUCAGCCGCACAAAGCUCAACUCGAGCCCUCCCUUCAGCAGCGCACCAGCAACACAUACCGCAGUGCAGAGCACUCUCAGGCCUUGCUCAGUGGCUUGGUAUCUCUGCGAGACAGCAGCAUCCUCUUCGAUGUAGUUCUUGUAGUGGAAGAGAAACCUAUUGAGGCUCAUCGCAUACUUCUAGCUGCAUCCUGUGACUACUUCAGAGGAAUGUUUGCAGGAGGACUGAGAGAGAUGGAACAAGAAGAAGUUCAUAUUCAUGGCAUCUCGUACAAUGCAAUGUGUAAAAUCUUGAACUUCAUUUACACUUCUGAGCUGGAACUCAGUGUGAACAGUGUACAGGAAACCUUAGCUGCAGCCUGUCAGCUUCAGAUUCCAGAAGUCAUUAAGUUCUGUUGUGAUUUUCUCAUGUCCUGGGUGGAUGAAGAGAACAUCCUUGACGUAUACAGACUAGCUGACCAUUAUGACUUGAGACAUUUGAGUGAUCAGCUGGACUCCUACAUUUUGAAGAAUUUUGCAGCUUUCUCAAGGACACAAGUGUACCGACAGCUGCCCUUGCAGAAGGUCUACUCCCUUCUCAGCAGCAACCGUUUGGAGGUUAACUAUGAGUUUGAAGUUUAUGAUGGGGCACUUUUUUAUCAUUAUUCUCCAGAGCAACUGGAGACAGAUCAGGUCUCCCUGAUGGAGCCCCUUAAGCUGCUUGAAACAGUUCGUUUUCCUCUCAUGGAACCUCAGAUCCUGCAAAGGCUUCAUGACAAAUUAAGUCCAUGUCCUUUAAAAGAUACAGUUGCAGAUGCAUUAAUGUACCACAAGAAUGAAUGUCUUCAGCCAAUGCGUCAGAGCUCCCAGACACAGCUGAGAUCAGAGUUCCAGUGUGUGGUGGGAUUUGGAGGGAUGCAUUCUACUCCAUCCAUUGUCCUCAGUGAUCAAGCCAAGUAUCUGAACCCCUUGUUGGGAGAGUGGAGGCACUUUACAGCUGCACUAGCCCCCAGAAUGUCCAACCAGGGGAUUGCUGUUCUCAAUAAUUUUGUGUAUUUAAUAGGCGGAGACAACAAUGUAAGUGGUUUUCGAGCAGAGUCAAGGUGUUGGAGGUAUGACCCGCGACACAACAAAUGGUUCCAGAUCCAGUCCCUACAGCAAGAGCAUGCUGACCUCAGUGUUUGUGUUGUGGACAACUAUAUAUAUGCCGUCGCAGGCCGAGAUUACCAUGAAGACCUGAGGGAAGUGGAGAGGUAUGACCCUAAAAGCAACACUUGGGAAUAUGUGACACCUCUGAAGAAGGAGGUAUAUGCACAUGCUGGAGCAGCACUGGAUGGGAAGAUGUAUAUUACUUGUGGGAGGAGAGGAGAAGACUAUUUGAAGGAGCUGCAAUGUUACGACCCGAAGACUGACCGCUGGGACGUUUUAGCAGAUGGUCCAGUGAGACGUGCUUGGCACGGGAUGGCUGCCCUGCUAGGAAAACUCUAUGUAAUUGGAGGAAGCAACAAUGAUUCUGGCUACAGAAGGGAUGUUCACCAGGUUGCCUGCUAUAGGCCAAGCACUGAUCAGUGGACAAAUGUAUGUCCACUUCCUGCAGGACACGGAGAGCCAGGUAUUGCGGUCUUAGACAACAGGAUCUAUGUCUUAGGAGGCAGAUCCCACAACAGAGGAAUCCGCAUGGACUAUGUCCACAUUUAUGAUGCAGAGAGAGACUGUUGGGAGGAAGGACCCCAGUUGGAGGAUGAUAUUUCUGGGAUGGCUGCCUGCGUCCUCACUUUGCCCAGGGCUAUUUUAAUGGAAACUGAGAAAUGGUUCUCAGAAUGGCCUGCAGACCGCAUGAAGUAUCACCUUGACUUUCCAUCAGAAAUUAUGAGUGUAUCAGACUGGGAGGAAUUUGACAAUUCAAGUGAAGAUUAGAAAACUUUAAUAUUUAUUUUUUGCCAGUGGAUGAGGAAAUCAAGGCUUGGAUAAAAUAUUUAGAGAUUUUAUAUGUCUUUCUUAUAUACAUAAAUCAGUAUUUAAAGGUUUGAAAAAUCAGUGUUCUGCACAAAAUGCAUUUCACAGUCAAUAUCUGCCCAUCUGCAAGUGUUCUGCACAAAAUGGCACUUACAGUCAGUAUCUGCCUACCUGCCAGAAAGCAGCAUUUUUAAAGUAACCACAGAACUGCCAUUUUCCCCCAGUUAA